GGUGGAGCACAAACAAGCCCAGGGAUUUCUGCUGAGCUGAGACAUUCCUGACGUGGGAUGUUGGGAAGGGGGGAAGGCAUCAGCCUCUGCCCCACUGCCUGUUGUGGCUACGGGUGGGGAUGUGGCGCCGGCAGCGCCUGAUGCCACAGGCACAGGACAAGGGGAAUGGCCUUAACCUGCCCGAGAGGAGAUGGGGAUGGGAUCUGAGGAAGGAAUUCCUCCCUGUGAGCACACUGGGACAUCGGGAUGGGUUGGAUGGAGACACUGUGGCUGCCCCAUCCCCAGCACCACAUGCAGCCAGUCUAACCCCAGUCCUUAUCAGCUCUGCUUUGUGCUGCUGCUGUCACCUUGGGCUGGGGGCCAGGCAGGAGGGGUGAAGGCUGCUGCCCAUGGCUCUCCUCCGCAGCUCUGUUCCACGCAGCUCCUGUCAUUUCCUGCCCAUCUUUCUCCUUGUCCCAGUUAAAUCCCCUAAGUGCAAUCCCAGCUCCCCUGAUGGUGUGUCCGGAAGGAUGCAGGGACCCCCACAGUCCCCAUCUCCCCAUGGCUGCUCACAGCUACACCGGGGUACAUAUACCUGAGAGUGGGGAGCACCCAGAGGGGCUCUGGGUCACCCAGCACCUCGCUACCCCCGGUUGCUGCAGCAGCCUCCAUGCCAAGUGCCCAGAGCGGGUGGGAGCACAGGGAACCCCCAGCACCCAGUCCAUGGGGCACCCACCCCAAGUCCAGUGAGACCCUGGCAUGGCUGGGAAAGGCAGGGUGCCCAUGGGGGGGCACACACACCUAAAGCCACACCUCCCCCUGGGGCUAGCCCCAGCCAAGGCUUUGCCCAUUGGUUUCCUGCAGCUCCCUGCCCACCCAGCAGUGCUACUUAAGGCACCCGUGUGUGUGCAGCAUGGGCUGGGGGUGCAGGAUGGGGUGGUUGCUGGUGCUGGGUGCUGCCAUGCUGCUGGGAGCAGAGAGCAAAGCUCCCCUGGAGCCCCCCACGUUUGGGGACAUCUACCACGUCACAGGAGUCAUCAGCCUGCCCUAUGCGGAGAUCAGGGAGCCCUUCGAAGCCUGGUACAACCUCACCGGGGGGAAGAGCCGCAUCCAGUACUAUGGUGGCCAAGUGGUCACCUACCAGUUGGGCUCCAUCAAGCCCUUUGGGGCCAGCUUCAAGGUGACUCCCGAGACCACCGAGACAGAGGUGAAUGUCCGGAGGUGCUUCCGCAUCAAUGGCACCGAUGGGGAGCUCAUCACCCCACAGAGCGUCUUCCCCAGCCUGGAGAGCUUCAAGCGGGUGCGGGAUGAGCGGUGCCAGGGGCAGCCCUGUGCUGUGUGGCAGAACAUCUCCUACUGGGGCCACAAGAAGAACGUGUACACGCUGCGGGUGGGCAGCUCUGCCCAUGGCCCCGUGCCCCUGCACUACGAGGUGCGGGGCUACAACAGCCUCCUGAGGUCUCACUAUGACAAGUAUGAGAUCGAGUACUCCUCCUUCAGCCACUGCUUCCCCCCCAGCGUCUUCCAGCUCCCUGAGGGGGUGCAGUGCAAGCAGUGGCCCGCAGCCGGCCCCGAGCACCGCAUCGUGGCCAACCCCAUGCAGGAGCUCCUGGGGCACCCACAGGACAUGGACCACAUCCACCACCGCCUCUUCCACCGCUACAAGCAGCGCUUCCGCAAGAGCUACAGCAGUGAGGAGGAGCACGAGCACCGCAAGCACACCUUCAUCCACAACAUGCGGUUCGUGCACUCCAGGAACCGCGCCGCGCUCUCCUACACGCUGGCCCUGAACCACUUGGCCGACCGCACGCCCCAGGAGCUGGCUGCACUGCGGGGCCGGCGCCGCAGCCGGGCCCCCAACACCGGGCAGCGCUUCCCCACCGAGCUCUACACCGGCCUCAUCCUGCCCGAGAGCCUCGACUGGCGGCUCUAUGGUGCUGUGACCCCCGUGAAGGACCAGGCCGUCUGCGGCUCCUGCUGGAGCUUUGCCACCACCGGUGCCAUGGAGGGUGCCCUAUUCCUCAAGACCGGUGUGCUGACCCCCCUGUCCCAACAAGUCCUCAUCGACUGCUCCUGGGGCUUCGGGAACUACGCCUGUGAUGGGGGUGAGGAGUGGAGAGCCUACGAGUGGAUCAUGAAACACGGCGGCAUCGCCAGCACUGAGUCCUAUGGGCCCUACCUGGGGCAGAACGGCUACUGCCACUGCAACCAGUCAGAGCUGGUGGCCCAGCUCGCCGGGUACGUCACCGUGGAGCCAGGCAGUGCCAUGGCUCUGAAGGCAGCGCUGGUCAAGCACGGCCCCGUGGCUGUCAACAUUGAUGCCUCACACAAGUCCUUCGCCUUCUAUGCCAAUGGGGUCUAUGAGGAGCCCCUCUGUGGCAAUGAGACGAUGGCGCUGGACCAUGCGGUGCUGGCCGUGGGCUAUGGGGUCCUGCAAGGCAAGAGCUACUGGCUCAUCAAGAACUCCUGGUCCACCUAUUGGGGCAACGAUGGCUACAUCCUUAUGGCCAUGAAGGACAACAACUGCGGUGUGGCCACUGCUGCCUCCUUUCCCAUCCUGGCCUGAUGGGACACACGUGUCCCAUCCCCUCCAUGUCCCUGGGGGCAGCUCCAGAUGGGUGGGGGCUGGCAGAGGGAUGUGGGCCCUGGGAGGCAGCUGUGGGGCAGAGGGAUUAGCCCAGAGGAUGCUCCCAGC